CGCAAACAAAGUAUAAAUGUCAUUUUUAUUGACACUGUUGCUCACAACAUCCUGACACAGGAUUCAAGAUGCAGUUGUUGCUUCUACUGGUGAUGCUGACAGUGUGUGCUGCCAGUCCUCAAGAUCUGAAUGGUAAAAUGUUCACUUUCCCCCAACAAACCGACACAGCUCAUGUGAGGCUGAUGACAUCAAGACAGGAUUUGAAGGCUGUCAGUGUUUGUCUCAGGUCAUUUACGGACCUCUCUAGAGGCCACAGCCUUUUCUCUUUAGCCACAUCCUCGGCUGACAAUGACUUCCUGAUAUUCAAGAAAGAAGCAGAUGAUGAGUUUGAAAUCUGGGCCAAAAGUAAUAUGACAGAUUUUAGAGGUCUGAGCUACAAACUGAACACGUGGCUCUCCAUUUGUUCCACAUGGGAUGCUGCAUCUGGACUGACACGGCUAUGGAUAGAUGGAAAUCCCUCUAGUAGGAAAUACACCAACUCUGGAUCCAACAUUACAGGGACCAUGACAAUUGUUUUAGGACAGGACCAGGACAGUCCUGGUGGGACAUUUGACAGUAAGCAGUCUUUUGUUGGCAUGAUCUCUGAUGUCCACAUGUGGGACUAUGUCAUUUCACCCCGUGAGAUCCAGAACUACGAGCAGGUGUUUGUAAGAUUCACUCCAGGGAACGUGCUCAACUGGAGGGAGCUGGAGUUCCAGACCACAGGAAGGGUGCUGAUAGAAGACAAACAGUGAUCGAUCGCUUAACUUUUGAAACAAAACUUUUCAUGUUGUGCAAUGUCAAAAAAUAGGUUUUUAAAAUAUAAUAAAGGAAAAUUAACUGAUUUUGUUUUCUGUUUUAAUUCAAAUGGAGCAUAAGUAGAGUUGGAUCAUGGGAGUUGUUGUCCUCAUUGUUAAGCGACCACCCUUGACAGUGAAAACUGAAGCAGAAAUGUUCAUGGACAAAUGUAUGUUUUUAAGUUUCAGUCACAUGUCGUCCCAUGUAGUCAUGUUUGACUCCCUGCCCCAUCCUCACAAGUUCAGUGACAUGCAACCAAUUAAAACACACUGUUGUCUCAAAUGCAGAAUGGAUUUUGAUGCACAUUA